GGGAAAAGUGGCGUUGGCCGUGGCGCUUCCCCGCAUUAGUGUCACGUGGGAUGAUGCAGUUUCGGUCUAGGCGCCCAGAUUGGCCAGACUGAUUAGGGCGGGAAACUACAGCUCGACCUCGACCUCCCCUCCAUUCUCGCACGCUCAGCACACGCGCAUCUUUGUUCUUCUUCCCCUUCUCUCCUUCCUCUUCAGGGCAUCACCUCUACCGGACGCCCAGAAGUGAUAUAAAUCUCAUCUAAGCCCAAUCUUUCCCACUUGCCAUCCUUCCCCAACCAUGGCUCCUUCUCACAAGUUCCAGUCCGUGCCCUCUGAGGUCCUCCGCCGCAGGCUCUCGAGUGUAGUCUCGGCUAAGAGGCCCAAUGUCACCAGCUACUCCCACCUUACCCCCAUGUGGGCUGGUAUCGCCGGUACCCCCAUCAACAACAAUACUGGCUACGAGGUAGCCAUCUCAAUUCACGACUCUGUCUACAACACCGAUUUCGCUUCAAGCGUCGUUCCGUACGAUCCCACCGAGCCUGAUUCCCAAGCUGAGACCAUCGAGAAGCAUGUCCUCGACUCCCUCCGCAAGUUCUCCCAGGAGCACCUCUGCAAGUUCCUCGGUGCCGGUAUCACACUCAGUCUGCUCAAAGAGGCUCCGAACCUGUGCACACGUCUCUGGCUCGAUUUGGAUAUCGUCCCCAUUGUGUUCAACAUUAAGCCAUUCCACACUGACUCUCUCACGAGUCGCAACAUCAAACAUAGGAUUUCAUCGACCACUGGCUCGUAUGUGCCCUCCGGUGCUGAGACUCCCACUGUCUACGUCGACUCGCCCCAGCUCGGAGACGGCGGCAAGCUCUCGUCUGGCGUGGGCCAGAAGCUCCCGAUCUCGCGCACAGUCGACGAACAGGCUGAUUCUGCGGCACGCAAGUGCAUCAUGUACUUUGGCCCGAACAACAACCCGCGGCUGUCGAUUGGCCCGCGUAAUCAAGUUGCAGUCGACGCGGCGGGAAAGAUCCACCUACUCGAUGACCUCGAAGAAUAUCGCAAGUCGGUUGGCCCAGGCACCUGGAGUGCCGUGAACAAGCUGGCGGAUGAGCUCCGUGAGAAGAAGAUAAAGCUGGGAUUCUUCUCGUCUACCCCACAAGGCGGUGGUGUCGCCCUUAUGCGUCACGCGCUCAUCCGGUUCUUCACCGCCCUCGAUGUUGACUGUGCCUGGUAUGUUCCCAACCCGUCGCCAAGUGUUUUCCGGACGACCAAGAACAACCACAACAUCUUGCAAGGAGUGGCAGACCCGAGCCUGCGCCUGACCAAGGAGCAGAAGGAGAACUUUGACGCGUGGAUUCUCAAGAAUGGUCUCCGCUGGACGGCUGAAGGUGGUCCCCUUGCGCCCGGUGGUGUCGAUAUCGCGUUCAUCGAUGACCCUCAGAUGCCAGGUCUCAUCCCGCUGAUCAAGAAGGUCCGCCCGGACUUGCCUAUCAUCUAUCGCUCGCACAUCGAAAUUCGCAGCGACCUCGUGCACCUCGAGCGCUCUCCGCAGCAGGAAGUCUGGCAGUACCUAUGGAACAACAUCCAGCACGCAGACCUGUUCAUUUCACACCCUGUGAACAAGUUUGUCCCCAGCGAUGUCCCGCCGGAGAAGCUCACGCUGCUCGGCGCUGCGACCGAUUGGCUUGACGGUCUGAACAAGGAGCUGUCGCCUUGGGAUUCUCAGUACUAUAUGGGCGAGUUCCGCAACUUGUGCGUCAAGGAAAAGAUGAACGAGCUCGGCUGGCCCGCUCGCGAGUACAUUGUGCAAAUUGCGCGAUUCGAUCCGUCGAAGGGUAUUCCGAACGUCAUUGAUUCGUAUGCGCGGUUCCGGAAGCUGCUCGACGGCAAGGUUACGGAAGACGAGAUCCCGCAGCUGUUAAUCUGUGGACACGGCGCCGUCGACGACCCUGACGCCACCAUCAUUUACGACCAAGUCGCGAACCUUGUGCACAGCAAGUAUGUCCAGUACGCAAAGGAUAUCGUAUAUAUGAGGUGUCCCCCGAGUGACCAGUUGCUGAACGUGCUGAUGGCGAAUUCCAAGUUCGCGCUGCAGCUGUCGACCCGCGAGGGCUUCGAAGUAAAGGUCUCGGAGGCGCUGCACGCGGGCAAGCCCGUGAUCGCGUCGCGCACGGGCGGCAUCCCGCUGCAGAUCGUGCACGGCAAGAGCGGCUACCUCGUCGACGUCGGCGACAACGACACGGUCGCGAAGCACAUGUUCAACCUGCAUACGGAUGACGACUUGUACGACAACAUGUGCGAGUAUGCGCGCACGCACGUCAGUGAUGAGGUCGGCACUGUCGGCAACGCCGCCGCGUGGAUGUACCUCGCUGUCAUGUACUGCUCGCGCGGCGUUCGCCUCCAGCCCAAGGGCGCGUGGCUCAACGACAUGCUGCGCACCGAGACGGGCGAACCGUACAAGGAGGAUGAGCCCCGCCUGCCGCGCUCUGGUCUUAAUGUCCAAGGAUAGAUGUGUCAAUACCCCUGACUGAAGCCCGCGGAGGGAAGAUUGGAACCUGUGCUCAUGUCUGAAAAAAUGAAAGUGCGUUGGCUGCCACACUGUGUAAUUGUUGUAUGUAGAAAAGAUGCGAGAGCCUCUGUAGAACUUAGUUUCAAUGAAAGCGUUUGUGCGGACAUCGGUGGGUCAAAAGUGAGAAUCAGUUUCUGCUCAGAGGAAGUAUGAGCCAC